UGUGUUUUGUUCACCACGUGUUUCAUGGUUGGAAAGAAAUUUAUCGACCUAGGCCUACUGGAUGGAUAUUUCUAGCAAUUGCUUUGAAUUUCAUUAUUAGCAUGGACACAGAUAUCGCUGAGCAGAGGCUGGAGAGCCUGGACUUUCGUUUCUAUUUACAGUCCGAGAUCCGUAGUCUUAGUGUGAAGGAAAUUACUAAUUCUCAGACAUUUGAUUCACUUGCCCAUCCAUGUUCGGGUGGACUCUACGAUUCUGCUCUGGGACCGACAGAUAGAGAUGAUGUUUGUGGAACAUGUGGACAGAAUUUUGUCCACUGCCCUGGACAUAUGGGUCAUAUAGUACUGCCCCUUCCUGUUUACAACCCUGUCUACUUCUCCACCCUCUACCAGGUUCUACGUGGCUCGUGCUUCAACUGUCAUCGUCUGACUGUCUCUACGCUGUCCACAAUUUUGUUUGUGAAGAAGAUGGACCUCUUGAACCACGGCCUUCUAGCAGCUGCUGGAGACCUGGAGGAUUUUGUAGCCAACCAAACGGAACAAUUCGGGAAAAACGCUGCUGCUGAGGAAGUGAUUAACAGUAAUAUUGAAACGAAAGUGGAGGCGUGGCUAGCAGAAACUGGAAAACUGGAAGAAAUUGCUUCUGUUAAAAAUGUUGAAGCCUUCAAGAACUCGGAAAUCACUAAUUUUAUUCGCAGCAAGUUGAUGCUGACUUCAAUUGCUUGCCCUCAUUGUAAAACUAAGAAGAGACCAAUCAAACAGGAAAACAAUGUCAAGUUCCUGCUAGCUGGGAAAAAGGCUGCGAAACAAAAGAUUGCAGUUAAAAAGAAGUCCAUGGAAGAUACGGAAUCUAAAAAAGAUGACGAGGAUAGCUUGAUGGAAAUGCCAGAUAUGGAGACCACACUGCCAGAAGAGGAGGCGGAAGAGGACCAGACCACUGUCACAUUUGACAGCGCAGAGCAGACGUACAUAUCCCCUAGCCAGACCCACGAUCAUCUGCAACUGUUGUGGAAAAAGGAUGGAGUCAUCCUGAAGUACCUUUUUCACUCCUUAGCCAAGGUUGUCGAUGACUCGCCUGACAUUUUCUUCCUGCAGGUCAUCCCUGUACCCCCGUCAAGAUUUAGGCCGAGGGUGUGUUGUAUCAGAUUGUUGGUGGCAGGAUGUAAAAUGUUGUCUGUUACGUUUCCAGGGUGUGUUGUAUCAGAUUGUUGGUGGCAGGAUGUAAAAUGUUGUCUGUUAUGUUUCCAGGGUGUGUUGUCACAGAUCUAUGGCACUACAUUGAUGGAGAAGCUGCAAAGCUGCUGGAUCCAGAUGCAGAACCAUGCAAAUUCGGUCCUGGACUGUGAACUUGACAAACUGGCCAAGGAAAAAUGUCCAGGUGUCAAACAGUUAUUAGAAAAAAAAGAAGGCCUGUUCAGAAAAAAUAUGAUGGGAAAGCGAGUGAACUAUGCUGCCAGAUCAGUUAUCUCCCCUGACCCCUGUAUCAACACAAAUGAAAUCGGUGUUCCUGAGGUUUUUGCUAAGAAGCUGACCUACGCUCAGCCUGUUACGCCAUGGAAUAUCCAAGAGCUGCGCCAGAUGGUUAUCAAUGGACCAAACGUCCAUCCUGGGGCUUGUUUUGUUAUGAAUGAAGAUGGCUUUAAAACCAUGCUUAGUGCCAACGACAAAACACAGAGAGAAGCGGUAGCCAAACAGCUUCUCACCCCAGGAGCAAAUCCUCUAGCCUACAGGGAGUGUAAAAAGGUGUAUCGUCACUUAAAGAACGGGGAUGUUAUGCUGCUGAACCGACAACCCACGCUUCACCGACCCAGUAUUCAGGCUCACAAGGCGCGAGUCUUACCUGGAGAGAAAACCCUGCGACUCCACUACGCCAACUGUAAGGCCUAUAAUGCUGACUUUGAUGGCGAUGAAAUGAAUGCACAUUUUCCACAGAAUGAACUGGCAAGAGCGGAGGCCUAUACUAUAGCCAGCACAGAUUUCCAGUACCUGGUCCCUAAAGAUGGCACACCCUUGGCUGGGCUUAUACAGGACCACAUGGUGUCCGGGGUCAACCUCACUCUCCGGGGACGCUUCUUCACCAGACAAGAGUACUGCCAGCUCGUGUUCUCGGCCUUAGUGGACAAGAAAGGCCCAGUGAAGGUGCUACCCCCCUCAAUCAUCAAACCCUACAAACUCUGGUCAGGAAAACAGGUUCUUUCCACGAUUAUUUUGAACUCAAUACCAGCUGGUAAGGAACCUCUCAACUUAACUGGGAAAUCCAAGAUUACGGAGAAGAGUUGGGUGACCUCUGACCCUAUGGCGGAUCUACCAAAGGAGGUCAUGGAGGAGAUGGGGGAGAGUUGGGUGAUAAUUCGUGGUGGAGAGCUCCUUUGUGGUGUACUGGACAAGGGUCAUUACGGGCCCACCUGUUAUGGACUUAUACACUGCUCUUAUGAGUUGUACGGUGGGGAAAUAGCUGGUAGGUUGUUGACCUAUUUCGGGCGUUUGUUCACCAACUUCCUGCAGAUGAUCCGAGGUUUCACACUUGGCGUGGAGGAUAUCCUGGUCACAACACCGGCAGACAAGAAGAGGCAACAAGCUAUUGUAGAGUCUACACAAUUUGGGGAUGACUCGGCGAAAGAGGCUUUGACCUUGGAUAGUGAGACUGAUGCGAAAGCCAUGUUGAAGGCCUUGAAGAAGGCCCACUUCAGUCCAGAUGAUGUGGAGUUGCAGAUGCUGGACCAGAGCACCAAGACCAGGACUGAUAAUACUCAGAAUGCCAUCGUAAAGGCCUGUAUGCCAAAAGGAUUAGAAAAACUGUUUCCUCAGAAUAAUCUACAACUGAUGGUUCAGUCAGGAGCUAAAGGAUCCUCUGUGAACUGCAUGCAGAUAUCCUGUCUGCUUGGUCAGAUAGAGUUAGAAGGACGUCGCCCCAGACCGAUGCUGAGUGGGAAAACACUGCCCUCAUUCAUGGCCUAUGACACAUCGCCUCGUGCUGGAGGGUUCGUGUCGGGACGUUUUCUCACAGGGAUCCGACCUCAGGAGUACUUCUUCCAUUGUAUGGCUGGACGAGAGGGUCUCAUCGACACAGCUGUCAAAACAAGUCGCAGUGGAUACCUACAGAGAUGUCUAAUUAAACACCUGGAAGGGGUGUACGUUAACUACGACCUGACAGUCAGAGACAGUGAUGGCAGUGUGGUCCAGUUUUACUAUGGCGAGGAUGGACUGGACAUCUUAAAGACCGGGUUUAUUACUCCAAAGAUGUAUCCUUUCCUCUUGGAGAACCGGUCCAUAGUGACCGCAGUGUCGGCACCUAACAAUAAGGACCAGACUCAAGUCAGUGAUAAAGGGGUACGCAAGUGGACCAAAAAGAUAAUGAAAUGGAGGAAACAUGCAAAAAAGAAAAGGUCCACAAGCCAGAGAGGUUCUGGUUUUCUGAACUUUUGCAAGAGGUCUAAGUUUCCAGGAUCAGAAGACAAUCGUAUAGAGAAAAACGGACGCACUUUUGGGGCAUGUCUUAUGUGUAAUGAGUGGAGGGCACUUGAUGACAAGGCAAAGAAAAAAUACACCAAGUACACAGGAGGAUGUCCAGACCCUGCAACAGCCAUCUAUUUCCCCUAUGAACAAGGUGGUGUCAUCCCUGAGAAGUUUGAGUCUAUUUUAAAGAACUUCUCAAGCAAUGAACUCAAAAAGGUAGUGAAGGAUGGGUCGAUAGGGCCGGCAGAGUUUAACACUAUGAUGAAGCAAAAGCUGAUGAAGUCACUGGCAGAACCUGGCGAGUCUGUCGGGGCCUUGUGUGCCCAGUCAAUUGGGGAGCCAUCCACACAGAUGACGUUGAACACUUUUCACUUUGCUGGGCGAGGUGAGAUGAACGUUACUUUGGGAAUCCCACGUCUACGGGAGAUCCUCAUGGUAGCCAGUGCCAAUAUAAAGACGCCCGCCAUGGACAUCCCAGUGUAUCCUGACCCUCAGGCACGACAGACUGCUAAAACCAUUCAGACUCUCUUCAACAAGGUCACCCUAGCUGAGGUGCUUGAAGACAUCAGUAUCACCGAGUACACAAUCGUCAAAGGCAGAACCCUGGCCCAAAGGAAGCGGGUGUUUGAGAUCCGUUUCAAGUUCCUGCCUUACCGGCUGUACAGGGAACGCCUAGGAGUUACUCCAGCCUCCAUCCUCACCUUCAUAGAGAACACCUACAUCAAACGAAUCAUUGCUCUCAUCAAAAGAAAAAUGAAUGAUGGUACAAAGAGAAGCAGGGUGUUGACAUCUGGGAGGUUACUGAAAAAAACAGUUACGGAGGAGGACACGUCUAAAGUGGAUGAUACCGGUGAUCAGCAGGCGGACUCCGAUCUAGAGGAUAUGGCUGGAGACAGUAACGCAGUGGCCGACAAGGAAAAGAAGAGACACGAGGAAGAGAAAGAAUAUGAUGAAGAUGUAAUCGAAGAAGAUGCAAAAGAUGAAGAACUGGAGGAACAGGUUACUAUGGACGAGGAGAGCGAUGAAGAGACAAACUUCAAUAUUGAGGAUGACAUGGGCUCUGAGGAAGCUGCUGAAGGUCACCAAAACAAACCCAAGAUGACGGCAGCCAUGAGAAUAAAUACUGUCUUAAAAUCAAUGAAUGUUGCUGAAUAUAAAUUUGACCAAAAAAGACAAGAAUGGUGUCAGGUGAAACUCCAGUUUGGUAUACAGCAUAGUAAGGUGGAUGUUUUGUCGAUGUUGGAGACUGAUGCCAAGACGGCCAUAGUCCACCAGAUCACGGGAAUCAACAAGUGUUUCCUCACUGAACAGAUGGGAAAAGAAAAGCGUGAGCUCCACCUUAAAACGGAGGGCAUAAAUAUACAGGAACUCUACAAGUAUGCUGACAUACUGGACAUGUCCCAGCUCUACACCAACGACAUCCACGCCAUGGCUGGGACAUAUGGGAUAGAGGCUGCCUCCAGGGUCAUUGUCAAGGAAAUACAGAAUGUGUUUGGCGCCUAUGGAAUAGAGGUGGACUAUCGCCACCUGUGUCUACUGGCAGACUACAUGACCUUUGAGGGAUCCUACAAACCAUUUAACAGGAAAGCCAUGGAGACCAGCACAUCACCCUUACAGAAGAUGUCCUUUGAGACCACCAUGCAUUUUCUUGUGAAGGCCAGCAUCCAUGGCACCAAAGACAAUCUACGAAACCCAUCGUCUCAGUUGGUAGCUGGGAGACUCGUGUCCUGUGGCACUGGAAUAGUUGAUGUCUUGCAACCCUUUAGCUGAUAAUGCUGCCAUCGGCAUUUCAAACUAUAGAAACUGUGAAGUUGGAGAGAUUUGUGUCGAAUACAACUGUUAAGUUUGAGUGUUGCAUGUGCCAUCAUGAUCAACAAACUGUUAAGUUUGAAUUUUAUAUCUUUCACAAUGACAAUGUGUAUGAAAGGUGUUCCAAUGAGGGAGGGAUAAAUACACUUCAGUAUCACUAUUGUUAACCUGUAAGGUCUAAAAGGGAUUUUAUUUUAUUUUGAGAAUUAACCAUGUUGAAGCAUAUAUUUUUUUGUAGAUUUACUUAAUUAAAGAAUUUCACAAACAAUGAACUAAACCAUAUUUCUAUUAUGUACAGUCCCUACUGUUCCCCAACUGAAAUUUUAACAUUGGUUUUAGAUCACCUGGUUAAAAGGUUUUAUCCUGGAUUUAAAUUAUAAUUUGUCAGCACUUGAUGCUAUGUAUCCAUCUUCGAACUUAGUGGUGGGGGACAUCAUAGCUAUAAAAUCUUAAUUAAAACUCAUGUUGUUUCCAUUUGAAGGAUAUUGGUGAGGCUAUGCCUAUAUGACAUGUGCAUGAUAUUUAAUAUCAUUUUUCCUAAAAUUAAAAAAAAAAGCAUUGAAAUAUAA